AAAUCCUAGAUUCAUGUAAAUUUUACUCACUCUAGAAACCUUACUAGAGAAAGAUGCAUGUAUGUAGUAUUUAUAUUCAUGAGUGAUUGCAGGCAAAAAGGAAUGCAAAUGGAAUGGAAACAAAUGCAAUUUUUCAAGAUUUUUGAUUUAUAGGCCGAUCUAUAUGAGCCAUGUGUCGAUCUAUACAAGUCACGUGUCGACCUGUUUGAAGCAUAGGUCGACCUGUAAAGGUCAUGUGUUGCCUAUAGGUCGACCUGACAAGGCGACACAUGGAACAAAGCUUACAAGCUUUAAUAAUGCAGUAUGUGUAUCGACCUGUACACUCUAUGUGUCGACCUAUAGUUUAAAAAUAUCUUCUAUAGGUUAACCUAUAAUCGUAUGUGUCGACCUAUAGUGAGUAUUUUUCAUCCAAAACCAAAUUUUUCAUGCACAACACAAUAUCUUGACGCACCUAUAUUUUCCAGACCAUUUCCAACAAUGUUGACAUGCUUCCUAAUGCAAGAGCACUAACAUGCACAGCUAGACUCGGAUGAUACCGUCCAAUGUACAUAAAUGCUAUUUCCUAGCUUUGACAUCAUACAAAACAUAUCUAAACAGAAAAUUGCACUCACAUGCUCUCCCUUUUUUAUGAUGGUAAAACUUGAGACGAUGCAUUUCUUGUUCAUGAAAAGCUCCCGAUGAAUGUGUGCAUCAUAACUUCAUAUACUUCUCCCUCUUUGACAACAUCAAAAAGAGACAAAGUACAUUAUUAGCAAUAUCACAUAUUUAAUAUACAGUACAAAGGCAAUUGCAAAGAUAAUAAGUGCACCCACAUAUAUCUAUCAUAUAUGAAAACACAUAAGAUUAAUAAACACAACCAUAUUAAACAAUAGACAUAAUCAUUCAAUACAACAACCAAAAUACCAUCAUUGUCUUAAAUUCAAAAUAUGAGAUACUACUCCAUUAAUUCUCGGGGAGCCUCAUUUGUUUUGUUUAGGAUACUGCUAUGUUAAUUAUUAGAGAGUUUCAAGCGUUUAUGUUAAAUGUCUUAUUUGUUAAUUCUCAUAAAGUCCCAAUUGUCUUCUGUGACGUUUGAUCUCCGUUGAUUCUCAAGGCACUCCAGUUGUUUUAUCAUUAAGGAUAUUACUUUAUCAAUUCUUAGAGAUUUUCGAUAAAAUUAUGAUGAGUAUCUUAGCUGUCAAUUUUCAGAAAGGCUCAACUAUCUUCCAUGGAGUAUUGUACUCUGUCAAAUCUCAGAGCAUCUUCUAGUUUUUAUGUAAUCGUUUGAGGCCUUACUCUGAUAAUUCUUGUAAGACCCCAAUUUUGACCCUAAGAUCCCUCAUGCAAUUUCAUCAUAUGCAUUAGCAUUGGGAUCAUGCCUUGGCAUCCUCCUUACCCCUCUUUUAUUGGGUUUGUUUUAUGAGAGAUCACCAAGCACUUUGUGAUUAUAUCAUACUUGUAUUUUAUCAUUUUACUAACCAAAAUACCAAAAAUAUGUCUUUGCAUUUGUCUAACUCUUUUGUAGGAAGGGCAUGAUCUCAUUGAUUCAUCAAGUUCACAUCUAGGGUUUGAGACCCUCAUGAACAAAGAGCACAACUAAGAAUUGAUUCAAGAAUGGUUAUGAACAUCAUAUAUGAGUCCCAAUGAUCUCUACUUGUUAUAUUGAUCAAGUUUUAUUCAAGAGUUUGAGGGUGAUUUGCCUUGGAAACCCUAGUUUGACUGGGUAUCUUGAGUAACUUCUCCAACAAGCUAUCUCAUCAAUUGAUCAAAUUUCUCAAGGUACACUUCAAAAUUCAUCAUCUUAUGCAUAUAUGAUCUGCCAUGAGCCAAGAAAGUCAAGAGAAUUGGAAAUUAGCAAGUUGGUUGAUGGUGGUUGGCCAGAUGAAUUCAUCUGAUCAAAACUGGGUCUCCCUAGACCCUAUCUCCUAUAAUUUUCACCAUAUUAAAAUUCUUCCAAGAGGAAACUUACUCUAAAUGACAUUCCAAAUAACUUUCAUGUUGAGACCUAGAUCUAGUUUUGCUUGGAAAAUCAUUUUCUAUGUUGAAACAUUAUAGGUCAUUUUGUCUAAACCCUAAUUUGAAAGUCAACUUCCCAAGGCCAUAACUUGCUCAAUUUUUAUGAGAUAAAAUAUUUCCAAGUUGCACAACCAAAUUAAAUGUGUCUACUUCAACUUUGAUGUUUGGAGUGGGAGCUAAUUCAACUUUUUUAAGCAUGUGAUAUAAGGCUACAUUAUAGGUCACUUUUGGCCUAUACCAUUGAUCAAGUGAUUUUUCCAAACUUUAAAAAUGCAUAACUCUAUCAUUUCAAAUCCAAAUGACAUGAAAUUGGUGACCAUUUUUAAGGUCUUUGAGAGAUCUAUAACUUUGAUGAAUACACUUUUCUCAUUUGAAGCUCCUAUAAAAAGUUAAGCAAGGUGGACUAUUUAGACAUAUGGCUUGACACUUAAAAAAAAUUUGAUAUGUCAAAUUUUUCGAAACUUCCACCUCAAAUUUAUCCAAGUUCCAAGCUCCAAAUGAAAAAGUGUUGAACAUCAAAGUUGUUCCUCUUGAUCUCACCUUUCCAAAGAGCUCAAAUUCAUUCAUUUUGGAUGAGAAAUGCAUAGGCUACGCAUGGCUUAAACAUGCUGAUAUCAUUUGGCAUGGAUCAAACUUCAAGCAUCAAUGUUCAUUUGCCUUGCAAUCCAAGCUUACUUCAAAGCAUUUGAUCUUCAAUUAUGGACCUCAAGCUAUCAUUUCAUGGGCCUAUGCGUGCGCAUGCACCAUUACAUCAUCAUUUGCCAAAAUUGGAAAGUGAAAGUGAGUGUGCAAAUAUCACAUGAUUCAGCUAUAAAUAGAGCUUCAACUGCUCGGAAAUGAACACAUAAUCGCGCCAGCUUUGAUCCCUCAUUGCAAGUCCUCAAUUCUCAAAGGAUAAGCCUGAUAAAUUCAUUUGAAUUUGAGCUUGAAUCUCCACUGUUUUGGAAUUCAAUUCUCCAGGAAUCCAUUGCUUCUAAACCUUUCCAUUCUCUUCCUGCAAGCAAGUGGAGUGAGUCCAAGCACAAGCAAGAUCAAGAUCCAUCGAGUUCAGACCUCCAUUGAAGGUAUUUUGCAGAAAUUUUAAACUCUUCGAUUCUCUUAAAUUCUUGCUCAAUUAUAUUGAUUCUUUGGUUGUCUUAAGUCCUACCAAUGUAGGCAAGAAGAUUGAGUUGCUUUGAGGUCAAAUCGAAGCAACUCAGUUCAUGUGCCUCAAAUUUCAAUUCCACAUAUCUCUCAAUAUACUUGGAAUUGGAAUGAAUGGAGGCCAGAUUCGAGCUCAGUGCCAUUUUUUCUUUAAGAUCAUGUCCUUGUUUUUCUUUUUGGUGAUGGUUCAUCUUGACCAGUCCGGUGAGGUCCACCUGAGAAGAUGACCGGAGCUCUGGCUCCGGCGAUGACUUGGCCAACCUCUGAACCACAUGAUCCUCCUCUCACGUUUUAAUCCUGAGCGUUGGUGUUGAUUACCACAUUUGCCACGCAGUUGACUCAUUUCUAUGUGGAGCGCGCGUUUUGGAUCAUCAGAUCUGCCACCUCAAUUAAUGAGGGAGAUCUGAUGGUCCACAUAAUUUUGAUUUUCUGAAUUUUUGUUUUAAUUGCAUUUUCUUCAAUAAUUCAUAUUAAAUUCAAUAUUGAUCCAAAAAAUAUGGGACUUUCACCAAAAAAUUUCAAAUAUUUUUCUCUUUCAUAUUCUGAAUUAAAAUUAUUGUUUGGAUCAUUAUUAACAUUUUUCAUGAAUUAAUUGAUUUUGUAUUUGUUUUUAAUUGUUUAAAAAUAUUUUUAAAUGUCCAAAAAUUAUGAAUUUUUUUCUCCAAGGUCCUUUGACCUUGUUUGACCUAUGAUAAAUCUCAUGAUCAUUCCUUUGGUGUUUUGAUGAGAUUUUAGGAAUUGGACAAAACAUAUUUGAUUUAAAUGUAUUAUUUUAUUAUUUUUAAUUGAAUAAAUGCCAAUUAAAUUUUGUUGACCAUUUGUAUUGACUUGUAUGAGUUUGCUUAUUGUUGUUGGGCCUUGGUCAAGGUUGAUUUGACUUUGUCAAGUUAAUAUCAUUGGAUUUAGGGGAUUGGUGGAAUGUAUAUUCCAUCUCCAAAAAUGAAUGAAUGAUAUUAAUUUAAUAAAAAUCCUCCUUUGACCAAUCUGUGAUUUCAUCCGUCCCCUUCCCACUUCAUCUUAUUCCUCUUCUUAUUUCAUUCAUUUCCAUUUGGCAUAUGACAUCUCAAAGUCCUAAUGCUAGUUGGUUGAAAAAUUGACAUGAGUAUGGAUGAGAUUAGACCACACCUUUUGCAUAUUCUUUUUGUGUGUGGUAUGUUUUAUGAGCAUAGUCCAUUAUACUAUGUCUCUAACAUGCAUUAACACCAAAAUUCUAUUGCCCGAUCUCAAAUAGUUGUGACUUCUACAUAAGUCCAAUUACGUUUGCCUAACAUAGCGCUAAAUUUAUGAUACAAAAGGCAUAAGCAUUCUAGUUAGUGAGAUUGUAAGUCUCCCCUCUUUCAUGGUAUUGUGUGGAAACUUGGUCUUCUUUCCUUCCUUUGGAAGAUGUUUUGGUUCAAGGAUCCAUGCUUGUGAUAAGUGGGUUGAGUGUUCUCCAAAGAAUGUCUUGGAAAGCAAAAGCAAAACAAAACUAACUUCUAACCUACUAACUAUUAACUUUUAAUUUCAAGUAUUUACUUUAAUGCAAUUUACUUUUAGUACUUUAUUUCAUUUGCCAUUGUUCAUAUCAUUCUAAUUGUUUAUGUUAAUGUAAUUUUCACUUUGUCCAUUUGAACCAUAUUGUGUGAUAUAUUUUGUUUGUAUAUACUUUGUUUGUUUGUGUGGUCUUUGACCAUUAAUGUACAUAGCAAUAACAAAAACCCUAAAAAACUUUUGAAUGGACUGUUGGCUUGAUCUUGUCCAAAUGGACUUAGAAUCUAGGCAACCUCCCUAUGCAAAUGGAUUUGGCCAAUGCCAAUUUGUUGAAGAACCAAGUGCUUGCAAUUUGAACUUCAUCUGAUACAUCUUUGAAGAUCUUUCUAAGAUUCAUCUGCAACAUGAUCAUUGUGAAGCUGUUAUUUUGAACCUGUGACUUGUGAAAUUUAUCUGUUGCAUGGGCUAUUUUGAAGAAGAUCAUGAAAUGGAUAAGCUUGGAUGAAGCCAUCUUUAUUUGAUUCCUUGCUCUGCAAGAUAAUAUAUUUGUGAAUUUGUGUGUUGCUUGAUUCUAAAAGUCCAAGGGAAUUCUGGGUUUCUAUUGACAUACUUGUCUAUUGGAUUGUUACCCAUUUUGUCAGAUCUUUUCAACUCUAAACUUUUAAUUUUGUAUAUAGGAUAGUCUCUUCAUCUUCUCCCCAUUUCUUUAAUUUCAAAAUCUCUCCCUCCAUUUUCAAAAUCUUCUUUGUGUGAACUAUUUUUGUUCUGAACUUUGACCACUUUUGCAAAAGAUAGAAACUUUGGCCUUAUGCCAUUGUAUUUUCAAACUUAUCUUCUUGAAUCAAACUUGUAAAUGGACUUAACUAUACUUGACUUAAACUUUCAAAAGGCCAAAAAGAACUAACUCAUUCAAAUCAUUUUAGGCCUUUGUGCCUUUCAAACUUAAAUUUUAUUAAAAUCAAUGCAUCCACUUUGAAAUUUGUAUCACGAACUACGAGGUUUUGAUCCCUCAUUUUUAUGUUGGUAUGUAGGCACAAGACCGAAGGUCUUGUCAAACAGAAAAAUAUAAUCAAUGAAUUCUUUUCUCAUCCCCCAAUUCUAUUUGUUUGUGAACAUCACUUUGUACAAAAUACAUAUGCACACAAAAAGGGCUCCCUAGGAGUAUCUAGGACACUUUGGGUGCUAACACCUUUCCUCUGUGUAACCAACCCCCUUACCUGUGAUCUCUGACUUUUAUUAGUUUUUAUUUGAAAACUUCUUACUAUUUGGGUUUUGUUCGUACUUUUCCCCUUUUCCCUUGGAAACAAUAAAAGCGCGGUGACGACUCUUGUUAAUUGAUCUCUUGCUAAUUGAUCUCUUGCUUGUCAAUAGCUUGAUGAUCAUGAAUUUCCCGCUACAGAAAUUAAGUGGCGACUCUGUUGGGGAGUAGUCUCCAGGGGGUUUAGCCUACUUUUUGUGUGAAUAUAUUUGUAUAUAUGUGAUGUUUGUAUAUAUGUAUGUGUGAUAUAAUCUGCUUGUUGUGCUUGGUGAUCUCUGAGUGGUGAGAAAAGUUCUAACCCGAACUUGAGUGCAAUUAAGAUAGGAGGAUGGUAUAGUCAUGUUCGACUUGUGUGGAGUAGUCCUUAACAAGUUGGCUUGAGAUCCAUCUGCUCAGUGGAGACUCCUUUGGAUUUGGAAAUGUCACACAAGUAUUUAUGGUUAGGCAUUACUAUUUCUAAUUGGGUCUGAGAAGCUGAGGACCUUAGAACACUUAACCCAUCUUGGCCUAUUUAGGACGUAGUGCGGAAACUGUUCAAGUGUAGACUUGAUAAUAGUUGUUACACGAUAUUGCACUCAGACGAGUUUCUCUUGAGAAUAUUAUGGGUCGACGAGUCAGUCAUCUUAACCUGUAAUAUCCGGUAGAUGGAAUUAAGACUCUGGAAACUUUUUAGAACAUGAUCUACAUGUUUUUAUCCUUAGUUCACUCCUUUGGGAUGAUUCUUACCCAGACUCCAUGCUCGUGACUUACAACAAACCCUUGAUUCUUGGCUGAUCCAAUCAAGUCUUGUCAAUGGAACUUGGGCGUUGAUAAGGUGAAAACCAUAAUCCACCAAAAUGGAUGAUUGAUCUUUCCAAAGACUUGAUUCAUCCCUUGACCUUUGUUUGCCUUGUGUGUGAUCCCUUAUUUGUGAUUGUUGCAUUCAUGCGCAUCAUAACAUUCAUCAGACGAAAAUUUCAAGGAACUAAGGUAUCAUUUGCAAAUAUUUUCAAACCAUGGAUUAUGGACGAAGAAACACUAAGAAGUACAGUUUUAGAUUUCCAGAUUUGAAAGAGUUAAAGAAGCUUGCAUCUUUUGUAUUAGAUCCCUUGGACUUCAAACAACGUCAUGGGAAGCUUUUGUCCAUCUUGUCUGUUGAUGUAGUUGAAGGACUCUUGAGUGUAUUGGUGCAGUUCUAUGAUCCUCUCUAUCGUUGUUUCACUUUCCCAGAUUUUCAGCUUGUGCCUACCUUGGAGGAGUAUUCUCAUCUUUUGGGGAUACCUGUUUCUAGUAGAGUGCCUUUUAGUGGAUUGGAGGAGAUUCCCCGGUCUAGUAUUAUUGUUGAAGCUCUUCGCUUAAAGAAGUCUGAGAUAGAGGCUCAUUGGGUGAAGAAAGGAGGGUUAUUUGGAUUGUCAUCUGUUUUCCUCAUCAAGGAAGUUACUACUUUUGCUCAAGCUGGCAGUGUGGACGCUUUUAAAGCUAUCUUUGUGUUGCUCAUCUAUGGGUUAACUCUGUUCCCUAACAUUGACGGUUUUGUUGAUGUUAAUGCCAUUAGACUUUUCUUGAUUGGGAAUCCUGUGCCUACUUUAUUGGGUGAUAUGUAUUUCUCUUUGCAUCUAAGGAAUUCUAAGGGUGGUGGAACGAUUGUCUGUUGCAUUCCUCUUCUGUACAAGUGGUUUAUUUCGCACUUGCCUCAGACGCCUGCUUUUGUGGAGAACAAACAAUGUCUAAGGUGGUCUCAGAGACUUAUGUCUCUCACUAAUGAUGAUAUAGUUUUCUAUGAUCCGUCCUUAAGCAAUUUGGAUAUUAUUGAUAGUUGUGGUGACUUAUCUAAUGUGCCUCUCAUUGGUACACAAGGAGGAAUUAAUUACAACCCUGCUUUGGCCCGUCGUCAACUUGGGUUCCCCUUGAGAGAUAAACCUAAUAACACGUUGUUAGAAGGUCUUUUCUAUCAAGAGGGUAAAGAUCCCCAACAUUUGAAGCAGAAGAUUGUGCAUGCUUGGCAUAAUGUGCAUAGGAAAGGAAGAUCCGAGCUUGGUUCGUGCAAUUGUGUAGCUUUGGAAGCUUAUACUUUUUGGGUGAAGAAGAGAGCUAUGGAGUUGAAGAUGCCUUAUCCUUGUGAAAGACCUAUGUCUAUGGUUGUGGUUGAGCCAUUAACUCUCCCUAACCAAGAUGUAGAGAAGUUGGAAGAGGCGCUCAUCAAGAUGAAGCAAGAGAAUGAUAUGUGGGAAGAGCGUUUUCGUGCUUUGAGCAAGAAGCAUGAAAAGUUGCAGUUGGAGUCUAAGAACAAAGAUUCAUCAAUAAAUGUGACUAAGUAUUUAUUUCCACCAAUGGAAUCUACUUGCAACAAUUUACACACAUCUGAAUACACCACCUCAAGGUGAUUCUUGGUUCUCCGGUCCGUAUCAUUGUCGAAUUUACCUUUAUGUUGCCUAGCUUGCACACACUCUUCACAAAUUUCAGCUGGUAUAUUGAUCGAUGGCAUCCCCGUUACCAUUCCAUUUCUUUAUAAAUCUUUGAGAUCUUUAAAAUUGAGAUGCCCAAGAUGAUAGUGUCACAUCCACUCUUCACGACUUGCUGUAGUAGUAAGACAUUUAUGCUCCAUAACCUUCAACUCAACCUUGAAGGUUCUAUUGGCAGCCAUAGGCGCUUUAAGGACCAAAACUCCCUUUUCAUCUAAAACGCGUAGCCCCUUGUUUUCCAUAUGAAUCUUGUAACCCUUCUCAAGUAAUUGACCAAUACUUAGAAGGUUGCAUUUGAUUCCCGGAAUAUAGAAGACAUCUUUUAUCAAAGAAUGUCCACCAUCCCUCCUCAUGAUCAAAACAUCACCUUACCAUUGGCCGUUAGAGUGGUGUCAUCUAUGAACUGUACUUUGUUCUUCAUGGCACAAUUGAUUUUGACAACCCAAUCUUUCUUCCCUGAAGUUAGUGGAAAUAUACCCGAAUGCAUCACACACUCGAGCAUAUAAUAGAGUCGCCAUCGAACUAUAUUUAUUCCCGAAGGAAAGGGAAAACUUCGAUAAAAUUCGGGGAUAGAAAAACCUGGGUAAGGAAGUCGAUUAUGUAGGGGGAAAGUAUUAGCACCCCUAACAUUUGUUGUAUUCAACAAAAAACUGUUUUGAUUGUUCUUGCUCGAACGGGUGUUAUAUCUAAGAAUUACUCGCGAAAGAAUAAGGGAAAAAGAAGGAAUAGAUAGAUUGCUCGGUGAGGAUUAGGGCCCUCAUGCAUACGUAUCCUUAUAGUGCAAUAAGGAAUUCAGAGCUCCAUAGUUCAUAAAACUAAUGGUGGGAGGUGAAAGAAGUUGUGACAUCAAGUAUGAUUUGAACCAAAGGAUUAUGUUGCUUGACUCCGAAAAGGGAAGAAAUUUGAACCCAAGAGUAAAACUGACAUUAACCAAUAUGUAGGUAGUCUGAACAUUUGCCACUAUACGGUACGACCGAAAACAAAGAGAAUUAAAUGUUUGGUUCCACAACACAAACAACUCUUGGUUCACAAGGUAACAAAAGAUGGAGCUCAGAGAGAUAGUGUAUUUGGCUUAAAGAUAAUAGUAUAUCACAUGGAGUGAAUAAAGUUAGCAUAUGAAUGCAGGUAGUGAUUAAUGGUUUAUGGAUAUAUGAAGGUGCCCUGAGGCGGAAGAAAUAAUUAGGAUUGUGCUCACCAGGGAUUCACAUCCCUGUGCCUACGUAUUCUCAUUGUGCAUGAGAAAGUCAGAGCAUUCGUAGUUCGUGGAACUACGAAAACAAAGGGAAGAUAAGGAAGUGUUUACCUAAGCAUCUAGGACUAAUAAGAUAAAUAACUCCAAGGAUAUGAUUGAAGUGAUUAACAAUGUAACUUCUACCAACAAAAUGGUAACAUGGGAAAUCCAUAAAGGUAAAUGAACUUUGAACCGAAUAGUAAAGGAAUAUUGGCCAAAAAAGAAGGAAUAAAGUGUUUGGUUUCAUAGCACAAACAUCUCUUGGUUCAUAAGGAAGGCAUUGCUCAUUGGCCUAAAAGUAUAUAUGAGGCCCACAAGAAAGUGUUGUUGGGUACAAAGAAUAGUAUAUCACUGUAGGGGACAACCAAUUUGAGAUAAAAGAAGAAUGGUAUAUUGGAUCCAUGAAGGAAUAAACUCUGAACCAAAGAGUAAAGGAAUAUUGGCCAAAAAAGAAGGAAUAGAGUGUUUGACUUCAAGGCAAACAUCUCUUGGUUCAAAAGAAAGGCAUUGAUCAAUGGCCCAAAAGGAUGUGCAUGGAAUCCAAGGAAAAAUGAUAUUUGGUAUUAAAAGAUGGUAUUGGUUGAAUUUAGAAAUAAUAAAUAAGAUAGCUCACGAAGAAUCUGAAUCCUCGUGCCUACGUAUUCUCAUCGUGCAAUGAGAAAGUCAAAGCUUUCGUAGUUCAACCUACUAGGGCUGACAGUAAGAGAUUAAUGAGGCAAAAGGUAUGAUAAUGAAAGAUGGAAUAUGAAGACGACUUGACAGUCAUUGGAUAUGAACCACACUAAAGUCUAUGAGUAAAGGUGAAUAUGAUGAGCAACUGGGUCAUUCGUCCCACACCCAAAGAUAUUCAGAAUGAGUUAAUGGAAUUCUCCACUCUCAUUCAUUCUUUACUACUUAAGGCUCGUGGCAUGUGAUUCUCAUCAUAACUUUUAAGUUGUUGGAGAAGAAACUUUGAUGCUCCUAUGAUGAUGAAGGCUUUAUCAAUCAUUCGAUUCGAAUUGCAUUAAAGUAUAUGAACAAAGGCAAAUACCUUGAGCAACUGAGUCAUUUUUCUCGUACCCAAGGAUAUCCUAGACAAGGAUAAGAAUUCUCCACUCUCAUCAUUCUUUGUUACUUAAGGCUCAUGGCAAACAACUUGAAUCAUGAUUUCUAAGUUAUUAAUGGAGUCUUCUGCUUGUUGCACUGUUGCUUUGAAGGGAGAGACUUGACAACCAUGUGAUUUGAAUUGUGUUAAAGUCUAUGAAUAGAGGUGAAUACGAUGAGCAACUAGGUCAUUUGUCAUGUACCCAAAGAUAUUCAGAAUGAGUUAAUGGAAUUCUCCGCUCUCAUUCUUUCUCUAUUUCUUAAGGCUCAUGUCACAAAAUUUGAUCUUGAUUGACAAGCUCUUAAAGAAACACCUUUGAUACGCCUUGUAUAACCCACUGCUUAAUUUUUCUAGGAUACCUUGUAUGAAAGUCUGAACUUGAGGCCUUGAGAUCCACAACUUAUAGAAAGAGUCUCAUCAAGUGAUUAAGGGACUUUUGAUCACUUGAAUAGACUGUGGGAUUCUACAUGAUCAAAGGAUUAAGUUAAUCAAAAUGGCUUUUGAUCAACUUGAAUCAAGGGUUUGAAUUAAUUGGAAAUAUAUGGUUAACCUAAUCUAAGGGUUAAAAUAUGCACAAACUAUUCCUAAGGAAUCAUGCCAAGAUUACAAUCAUAUUAAUCAGAUACCUCAUGAAAAUCAACUUGAUUAAACUAGCUAAUUAUUCUAAGUCAACUUUAACCCUAAGGGAUCAUGCAUUUCUAAAACCAAAAUAAUCCUAAGGAUAAAAAGUUCAAAUUACAUGGAUGAUUAAUCAAAAAGUUAAUUCCAAAAGUAAAAUCUAUUUAGAACUAAAACCCUAAUUAUAUUUGUACAAAAAAAUCUAAAAUUCUAAUUAGUCCUAGAAUUCUAAAACUCAUAUGCUUAAAUUCUAUAAUAUCUAAUUAAUUCUAACAUGAACAUGUAUUUAUUAAUUCUAAACAUGGUUAAAAUAAGAACUAAAAAAUCCAAUAUCAAAGAAUUAAAAUCAAGAAAAACUAAAUAAGCACAAAAUAUCAACAAAAAAGAAUUAAGUGUUAUUUACAAGAAACUUAAAACAUACAUCAAAUCAGAAAUUAAAAGGAACUAAGUUUGAUGAAGAUAGUAAUUAAACAAGAUAACAAGCAAAUGAACCAUGAAUUGAGGAGUAUAGGCCCAUGGCAGGGGUGUGAGCACGAAUUUUGGGCGCAAAGGCCCAACGGGUCGAAAUCCUAUUGAAUUCAUGGAGCAGGAAGGAGGAAAAAGGUGUUUCAAACAAGGCCUAGUGGGCCUGGCUUGCUAUUAGCCUAAGAGCUGCAGUCAUGAGGUCUGAAACUGAACCCACGGUCUUCCAAAACCUCUCAUCAAAUGCGAUUCAAACUCUCUUGUCCUUGUUUGAAGGAAGCUCCAAUAUGGCUCCCAAAACGGCACACAUGAACAGAUUCAACAACUUAUCUUGGCCUUCAUACGCCGCGCAAGGUCGCACCACACCUCCCUCGCAGAUUGCUCCCAUUGCGGGAUUCCAACGAUGCUUAAUGGAGGUCGCAGAUUGUCUCAGAAACGCUAGCAUAUUGAAGACAUAAAGCUUACCUAUUGAGUUUCCGGCGCGACAGCUCUCCGGCAAGUCACAGGGCAGAUGCUAUUGGUUUUGUUGAAUUGUUAAGUUAUUUUAUGAGCUUGUUUAGUUAGGGUAAAGGUUUAGAACUCUGGAUGGCAGGAUCUUUUGUGUAUGCAUUGUCUGAACCCUUCGUGCCUAUGAAUGGAAUCGAACUGAUCUCGGUGCUCUGCCUUAAGUGCUGCAGAAUGUUUUUUUUGGGUAAUUCUAUGGAAGAGAAAAGCUUGGUCUUUGAAGAUUGCAUAGGAAAGCAUGAAAAUCUGAAUGUCUUAGAACUUAAUCCAGUAUAUUAGGACUUGUUUGAAUUACGUCUCCAUUGUUGGAGUUUUGUGAAUUUUGAGAUGGGUUUGUAUUGUAAGACAUGUGAGAAAUGGAUUUGAAUUAUUUAUGAUGUAAUGAGGUAUAAUUUGAAAUUUGUUCAUGGGAUUCAAUUUGUAAAUUGAAGCAAAGAUUGAAUAUUGUAAAGUGAAUGAUAUUGUGAUGUAAAUGAUUGAUUUAAAAUUGAAGAUAUGAAUUGGCUUCUAAUUUUCUUUGGAA